UUGAAGGCAGCCAAGUGAAAUUGUUUGAAAUCUCAAGGGAGGUUUCUGAAAUUAUCCUAAAUGAAAACACAUAUCCCGUACAUUUGGAUACAUAUAUUAUAAAAAAUAGAGAGAGACUCCAGUGCGCUCCUCCAGACAUACUUAGUGGAUUUAGAUGCGUCAAGCGUUGGCUCGAGCGGUACCAAAAGAAAACGGCUGAAAAGUUUAACAAAUGGCUUAGACAAGUUUAAAGCAACGGUUAAGGAAUAAAGGGCCUGAAAAAGAAAUAAUGAUAAUACGUUUGACUACGACGAAAAUAGAUUACAAGACAAAGGGGAAGAGCCUGGUGUCCCUCGACGUUAAUCGUCCGAUUAUUCGCGAAGGAACGUGAUUUCAUAAAAUUUUUAUUACGUGGACAAGGUGACAAAGAAGCUGGACACGGGAGUCCAGAGUCUUCAUUCAUGUCCAUCUAAUCAACUCUGAAUUCUCAAGUAUCUCAAGAUUCCUCGAUAUUCUUCUCAUUCCCCGCUAUAAAAUUUGUUUACCUUCCCCUCCCCUUCAUCCUCAGCCAAAGUAGAAGAAAACAAGGUCCAACUUGAUUGCCUGAUAAAAAAUAUAAAAAAGAGCUCACUAUCACUUCCCAUUUCUUCAGUUUCUUUUGAACUGCGAACUUUUAAUGGCUACCAAGAUUCUUGCAUGUUCUUCUUCUCCCCUGGCACGCCAUAACAACCCCGCUCCUGCCGCUAGGUCUUCAAAGACUAGCCACUGCUCCUUCGGUUCUGUGUUCUUUCCAUCCCCUGCGCCAUUUAGAGUCAUAGAGUCCAUCCAGACUCUCUCUUGUGAGAGUUCAGGCCAACGGCCGACCAUAAAGAUGCCGCGCUCGGACGUGCAACAUGUCAGUAGCCAACCCAAAAAUCAGGACACCCCGGCCGUCCAAAGAAGGCCUCGCAGGUUGGCCCCGUUGACAUCUCCCCCUUCGGUAAGUAGUACUACUGCUACCGCAUGAUUCCCUGUUUCACCCUUGGCCUUCUUGUAAAAGUUUAAAAGGGGGAAAGGAAACUAAUCUCUCUCUCUCUCUCUCUCUUUCCCUUUCUGGUUUGAUUCCCUGCCUUCUGUGGUUAACAACUUAAACAGGUUUUUCGCGAUCCGCUAUCUCCCAAGAGAACCAUGCGCCAAUUGCUGGACACGAUGGAUAGAUUAUUUGACGACGCCGUGACAUUCCCCGGAAUGGGAAUUAACGAGGGGGCGGCAGGGGGGCAGGUUCGCUCCCCCUGGGACAUUCACGAAGAUGAACGUGAAAUAAAGAUGCGCUUUGACAUGCCUGGACUCUCCAAGGAAGACGUCAAAGUCUCCGUGGAGGAUGAUGAUAUCCUCGUUAUCAGAGGCGAGCGCAGCAAGGAAGACCGAAAAGACGAUGAUGCAUGGACUCGCCGGAGUUACAGUUCAUAUGACACUCGGCUCCGACUCCCACAAGAGUCUGAGCCCGACAAAGUUAAAGCAGAACUCAAGGAUGGAGUUCUUUACAUUUCCAUUCCUAAGAGACAGGUGGAGAGAAAGGUCGUUGACGUAGAGAUCAAAUGAAAAGCUUCAGGUGUCGUGUUUAUUGUACGUGGUUGCCAAUCAUGUGCUAUUACUAGUGAUAUACUACUGGAAAGGUGUAAUAGUCAGCGGAGGUGGUUCAAGUUUUGGAUAUCUGCGUGUAACUACUACCAUGGCAUGCACACUGCUGUACUUUUUAGCAUGUACAAAAAGUAAAAAGUAUGCAGGUUUGUUAUCUACAAUAUCGCCGCCGAUAACUUGCUCCUCCUCCGCUUGAUCCAAGUCCUUCCUGGAUAACGAAGACAUCAAGAACUGUCCGAUCAACAAAAAGAACACAUUCACUAUUUGUCCACAUAAAUCGAGCUAAAUUCCUCGACAGGGACUUUUGUGCAGAGAGUAGAAACUCAUUCAGGAAACAUAUUUUGGGCUACCUUAGUUCCAGAGUUUUAUCACAUAAGCAUCCUUAUAACGUCAAUCAUCAGAGUGGAUACUUAAAAAGUGUAAAUUUUCACAGGAAAUUAAGGGGAAAAAGCACCUAGUCCUCCAGAGGAG